AUGAACGCUUUUAUCAAUGUUAGUUGAAUAAUAAGAAAAAAAAACUAAAAUCGGAAAAAUAAUUUAAGGAGACUCAAAGAAGCGCCAAUUUGCUUCCAGUCAACCUUCCUCAUGUCCUAACGAGAAAUGUCGUUUUGAACGGCUACGAAAUUCCCAAAGGAACUGGAGUUUUGGCACAACUUAGUACUGUUAUGUUCGACGAAAAGGUCAGUAAAGAAAAUAUGUUUUAGUUUGAAGUAUCAAAUAUGAGUAGAGUAAGGAUAGAGAAAAGUAUGGAAACAUACUUCAUGGUGCAAAGAUUUUCACAAAAAGACGUGUAGGAUAAAAAUUUGAUGUUUCCGGUUUUUCUCUAGCGUUUCUUGUAGAACCUAGAGAACAUAGAGAAAAUAGAAAUAUUCAGACAUAUAGGAAUUUCGAAAUUCAAAUUAUUGAAGUGAGGAUUGAAACACAUGGAAAUUUUGGAGUACCCAGAGCAACAGAGAAAUUAGAGUUCAUCCUCGAGUUUUCUCAAAAAUACAGCUUUUUGCAACCUUUUUCCUGUUCCAGGUGUUCCCAGAACCGCAUAAGUUCAAUCCGAAGCGGUUCAUUGAAGAUAACGGACAAUUGAAAAAGGUAUUUUCAUUGAAAAAAAAAAGCUUAAAACUUCAUUUUUGAGGUCGACGAGUUGAUCCCAUUCUCAAUUGGAAAAC